AUGACACAGCAUGAAGCAAAAGCCAGCAGCCCAACGAAGCCUGGCGUCCGGCGCCUCCGGGACAUUUGCCUAGAAGCGGCGGCGGCUCCGUACGCGUCGGGCUGUAGGGUGUCGAGGCCAGAGCUCCGACGGGCACCGAGCUCAGCCGCAGCGGAGCGGGCCCCAGUCCACCAGGGGUGUCCCGGCGACUCGGAGCUGAGGCGGCGGCAGGAGGGCAAGACACAAGCCACCCGUCCGGCGGUUCCUAUGGGUGCUCCCUCCAGGAAGAAGAAGUUAAAGUUGGAUGAUGACCUAGACACUGAAUGUCCCACCCGGAAACAAACUCGAAGUGGACCCCAGCCCAAGCUGCCCCCCUGCCCACUGCCCCUGAGACCACCUCCUGCUCCAGGCCGUGCCCCUGCUGUGGCCACUGCCUCCUGCCUGGGGCCCUAUGUCCUCCAGGAGCCUGAGGAGGGCGGCCGGGCCUACCGGGCCCUGCACUGCCCCACAGGCACCGAAUACACCUGCCAGGUGUACCCGGUCCGCGAGGCCUCGGCGGUGCUGGAGCCCUACUGGCGGCUGCCCCCUCAUAGACACGUGGCACGGCCGGUGGAGGUCCUGGCGGACACACGCCACAUUUACGCCUUCUUCCCGCGGCCCCACGGGGACCUGCACAGCCUGGUGCGCCGCGGCCGCCUGCCUGAGCCUGAGGCCGCUGGGUUCUUCCGCCAGAUGGCCGCCGCCGUGGCGCACUGUCACCAGCAUGGUCUAGUCCUGCGAGACCUCAAGCUGCGGCGCUUUGUCUUCACUGACUGUGAGAGGUCGAAGCUGGUGUUGGAGAACCUGGAGGAUGCCUGUGUGCUGACCGGGCCGGAUGACACCCUGUGGGACAAGCACGCGUGCCCAGCCUACGUGGGACCCGAGAUCCUCAGCUCACGGGCGUCCUACUCAGGCAAGGCGGCGGAUGUCUGGAGCCUGGGUGUGGCGCUCUUCACCAUGCUGGCCGGCCACUACCCCUUCCAGGACUCAGAGCCUGCCCUGCUCUUCAGCAAGAUCCGCCGGGGGACCUACGCCCUGCCUCAGGGCCUCUCGGCCCCGGCCCGCUGCCUGGUCCAUUGCCUCCUUCGUCGGGAGCCAGCUGAGAGGCUCAUGGCCUCGGGCAUCUUGCUGCACCCCUGGCUGCAGGAGAGCCCGACGCCCUCAGUCCCGGCCCAAGCCCACCUCUGGGAGGCUAACCAGGUGGUCCCCGAAGGGCCAGGGCUGGAGGAAGUGGAGGCAGAGGAGGGAGAAGGGGAGGUGUGUCUCUACGGCUAGGGCCACCCUAGCAGACUCUCCGCUGUGAACUGUGGGCUGAGUCUGGGGCAUCCCCAGGCUCUCUCCUACCUCUUUGGACUGAGGCAAACCUGAAGUGCCUUCUAGGAGGGAGAAAAGAGGAGGUGUGUGUGGAGCAUGCUGUAUUCACGCCUGUGUGGAUCGCACACCUGUGCACACGGGCUCACGCAUUCGACUGUCUUUCUUGGGAGCUCCCUGUGUGCUCUGUUCUAGGUGCUGAGAACACAGCUCUGACCAAGAGACAAUAUCCUGCUCACAGAGCUGAUAGUACUUUUCCAUGCCCACAGGCCAUUGUCUUGUACUGGACUGGGUGCACUUACUGCAGGUGACGACAUCCACUCGUGCUGGCACCCGGCACCUCUGCCCUGGGACAGUGCCUCUACAAACAGCCCAGCUGCCUUUGUAUCUUCUACCUUUCAGAGAAAGGGAAGCAUCCUGUGCCAAAGGCUUCAGGCCCCCCGUCCCCUGCAACUUAGGGCUCCAGAGCCCCGGCAAUGCCGAGAAUUCUGCGCCAGCCGCUGGGCCCUCCUGGUCACGGGAUCCUCUGUCCAGGCCUGAGCCCAGGGUCUGGGCUGGAAAGCAUGCAAACUGUGAGGCGGGUCCUCAUCUGACUCAAAGAAUGGUUGGGAACGAGGGUCCAGGCCUGUCUGCUGCAGCAGCCCCUGACCUGAGCACCGGAGCUGGGGGACAGGUGCAGGUGGGGUCUGCCCCCUGGCAAGUCCUAAGCCCAGUUCUGGGGACAUUUGGGGUCUAGGACCCCACAUCAGCACUAUAGAUUUUGUAUACCAUGAGUAUAUAUUUUUACUUUGUGCCUAAUA